GGGGCGGCAGGCCAGCCGACGCAGAUGGAGAGGGGGAAAUAAAUGUGUUUCGCAUCUUGUCAGCAGGCGAGCGGCGAGAGAAAAUAAUGUGCGUUGGCUGGCCGGCCGCCCCACCAGGUCUGACGCAUGCGUAGUUCGCGCACAAAAGGUUCAUAUUAUUUGGCGGCAAAAAAAGUUUCCGCGAGUGCUACGCACGUCACGCUGAACUUUUUGGUCGGAAAAAAUAUCAAAUUUACCUAAUUCGACCCUCAGGAAUCGAUUCGUGUGCUCAAAAUUUUCGUCAAAGUGGGCCUUUAAAUGAGCUUUUUUGAAUUUGAUGGUGCUGAUGAUAUCUAUGAAAUGUUGAGAGAGCGAAAGAGAAUUUAAUUCUUGAUUGUGAUAGGCUUGAACAUCACUUGCAAACAAAUAUUCUGAGCAUUUUUUUCAAUUUGGAAUGCUAUUAGCGAUACCUUGUAAAAUCAAUCUACGCACCUGCUAAUUAACUUAAAUACAUGCAUAAAUAAGUGGAUGAAUCCCUCAAAUAACAAACGAUUACUGUGUUGGCAAAUGAUGAAUUACUUGCACUGCACCAAACAAUUUCACUAAAUUGCUUUUAACGAAAGUAGCAUUUUGAAAAUGGUGUCGUUGCACUUGCCGUUAAAUACGUUUUAUUCUUUUUUCAUAAUAAAGGAUUAUUUUGCAGGUCUUGAUUGCCAUAUUUUUUGGCCAUGUAUCAUGCUAAACAAAUGCGAUAUGCUAUUGUAUACAGUUUCUUAUAAUGUCAAAUAAUCAGUUUCUUCCAAUGAUACACUGAUUUUUUUAUUAUAAUUUUGAAACAAAUUAGUAUCAACUUUGGGGUUUUUGUAGUGUAUUUUAGCUCGUGCACGACUGAAAAAUUACAUUCAAGUGAAGCGCUGCUCACUAUUUAGUAAUCAGGUUUUAAAUUUUCAAAAUUCAAGUUUUAAAUGCACAAACUAAUUAAAAUAUUGGUAAAUUCGCCAAAAAAGAAACAAUUAAGGAAAUGUAACGCAUAAAUAAUCAGAAACAUGAUAUGGGUGCUUUAAAGUAACUUGCAUUUUAAUCACUGAAGCACAAACUUUGUAACGAGCCGCAAGCGUUUGUAUUGCCAUAUAAGUAAAUUCAGGAAGAAAUCAUAAAAAUACUAACAAAGUUUGAUAGAAAGGUAUGUGUUACUGCUCUCUUCCUCUCUUACUGUAUUCGUAGGCCAAGCGUGUUUCAAUUCCUUUACUUUGGACACGUCUAAACUUGCCCUCCCUUUAACAAAUCAAAAUCUUAAACAAAAAUAUUACAUAUAUAUUUCAAGUGAUCCGAAAUUCUGUCUCUGCAGCGAGUUUCAGCACUUAAAAAAGCAUCAAAAACAGCCCAGCCUUGCCUGUCCAUCACAAAAUAUUGUGUUCGUUGCCAAGUCACUUUCCUGCUCUGUCGAUUGUGUUUUUCCAUGCCAAAAUACUGGAUUUUGCGUUUGGUGCUGUUUAAUGCUGCUGCCCGCUUCAGAGGAAGAAAUUUCACUCUAAUAUGAUAACCUCGUUUCCACGCCUUGGAAAGUAGUUCCAAGGUGUGCACAAAACAUGCCGAUUUUCAAAAGGAUUAAGCGAAAAUUUGGAGUGAUGUACUCAGAGUUACCUUUCAAAUUGUGAUAAUUUAACUUUACAUAACACACAAAACAACUAAGAGAUAACAUAUUAUGUACUGUAAAAAUGUUUUCAUAGAAAAUGUAAGCGUUGGAUUUUUAAUCAGGAAAGUUGCAUUAAAAGUGAUAAAAAAUACAGCAUUGUCUCACUAAACACAACUCAGCCACCCUAAAUGAUAAAUUUUAUCUUUUACUAAUGAAAGAGCGCACACAAAGAGGCUGCCGUUUUGUUUUAAGCUUCAUUGUGAAUAUACCGAAAUAUGCAUUUUGGAAUUCCCAUUUCAAGGGCGACUCUGAGUGAGUGAAGCCGCCACAGCGGAAGCAUCACAGCAGCUGCCUGUGCAGCGGCCGACACCACUCUGCUCGCCCAAGCGAAAUUUUCAUGGGAGCAGGUUGGUCGCUGUUAUGGGCCGCUGCUACAUUUUCCUAUCCAUCUUUUUGGCUCAGCUGAUCGCUUUGAGCGCUUAUGAUGGGAAAAGCGGAGCGUGCAAACACAAAGGUGUGCCAGUGUUGCGGACCGCGGAGGACGUGGACUGGACCUCUGUGGUAAUGCCUUUUUUCUCGUCCUUUGGCUUUGCUGGCGGAAACCGUCGAGUUGGCUGCAAUUGCCAGUUGACAACCCCAAACCCUCGGGAAAUCUGUCCAACAAACGCCACCAUGAACGUCACCAGUGGUAAGCACAGUUGGUGGGAUGGAUUAGGGAUGAGACGCUUUCGCACAAGGAGACAUGCACACUUCUCAUCUGGGCGGAAGUUCAGGAAGAGUAUUUCCCUGAAGGAUGGUUGCCCGGUGCGGGUGCCUCUGCAGCCAUGUCCUGACAAGCUGCAGUCAUGUCCUGAGAAGCUGCAGCGGGGCAGGAGAUCUCCUCACAAGGGCGGUGGAGGCCGGGGUGGUGGUGGCCGGGGUGGUGGAAGAAGGGACGACAGCAGCGAGGAACAAGGUGCUCAGCGGUCUCGAAAUGGAAAGUACUACUACAGGGUGACCAUUAAGGAAAAGGAGGAUUCUGGUCGGCUCAGGUGCACUGAUCCGACAACCAAGCAGACAAAAGUCUUGUGUGAUAAUAGAGGAUCCACAUCGUACUCCACAGUUAUGGUAACAUCCACCGUCUACAGUUACGGGACUCGGGAAGACAAGGAAGAUGAUAAUGGCAAUGGUGAACAAGGGGACGAUUACCUACUGCAGGAUCCUAUAGACACAUCGCCAAUUUCGGGGAUUCAAACUGGAUUCACGAUUUCUCCAACAAGAAGCCGUCGUCCUUACGAACCAAGCAUCAUGCUGACUGAGGAUUUGGAGUUUCCAGGCACGAGCAUGGUCAAGUCCACUCCUUCAGUUUCGAUAGAACAAAGCGAGUCUACGAGGUACGCAUUCAGUGAAUCAGCUCGUUUUAAUUGGCCAGCUGCAUCAGAGGUAUUCAGCUCCACUUUGUUGCCAGCAGACACACUUCCAUUUCAAAGUGUCGACAGCUACUCAAACAAUCAGCGCAGUACUUGGUCUUCCAACGGUGGGGCAUCAAAAUCAUACACAUUUUCCCAGCAAACAGAUCAGACUUUUAGCUCAUGGUACAGUAUGAGCAGUGCCGUGGUGACGAGUGAACCGAAAAAGGAAGAUCAAGUUCGUCAAUCAAGCACAACCAGAGCUCCUGCUGAGACAACAUCCAACAACAGAUGGGGAGCAUCAAGCACGUGGGCUGCAGACACACAGGUUAACGACCAGUCGACAAUAAAUUAUCCCUUGGAAACGUCAAUCAAAACAUUGACACAGAAUACUAGGACAGAACAAACCACAAUAGCCUCAACUUCUGUAAAAUCCACUUCUGCUUCGCAAACUAAAUCUCCUGAUGUGACAAGUACGACGACAGUGACAUUUACCACGACGACAACAACAACAACAACAACCGCCAUUCCUGAAACCUCAACAGCGCAGUACACAAGAAGGAGGUACACAACUGAAAAUCCGGAAAAACAAGAAGAUGCAGCAAGUGCAAGCACAAUAAUUAGCACAAAUAAACCUUCGAUAACCGAAUCAACCACUCCAAUAGCACGCGAGAUUCCUUUGGCAAACACAAUAACGCCUUUAAAAAUGGUUAGCUCCACUGUUGCUCCAACAGGUGAGGUAACGCCUUCAUCAUCAUCAACGGCACCAGCAUCAUCAACAAAAAACGAUAGAUGGAAGAAUGAUAUCACAGAUUCAACAAACGCACCAACCACCACUGCUACUACAAAAACAACUGCCACGACUACUAAAGUUGAUAGUCAAACCACUACCGCUACCGCGGCGCAAAUUUCUUCUCCCAGCAGGAGCCCUGGAUUUGGGUUACAGGAUUUGACAAGGGAAAAUGAUGAAAAUGAUGAUUCAAGUAGUAAUUUGUCGCCAAUAACAAGAGUUGGCGUAACAACCGAGCAAACGACGUCAUUAAGAAGCACUAAAAAGCCGCAAGUUACAGACAAAUACACAUAUGCGGAAAUUACAAGUGGACCAGAAGCCUUAAUGUCGCCAGACGGAAAAACUUCACCAACGAGCGAGAGAAAUAAUUUUGGCGAAGGCAGAAGAGACACUUGGGCGAGAAGUGAAUCAAGCACGCUAAGCACUUCUUCCAGCGUGGAAACAACUUUGCCACUCAAACCGUCUGUCAGGGAGAGCACCCUCACUACCCUCAGCACGGACCAAAUGGGCAAAAAUCAAGGUGCUGCCUCCACCUCCUUUAAUCUGCUGGACAUUGUUAACAGCGGCCGUGUCGACGAGAAAAAUGGCAGAACUGGGCAAUCGUCGAUAAGUGAAUUACCCACAACAAGCCGCAGCGUGGACUUGGCGAGUGGCAAAGAAAUUACUUACAGUAAAAAUGCCACUCACGGAAAUGAAAUUGAAAGCAAUUCAGAAAAAUCGACGUUGGGUAAAAACUCGACCUCUGAAGUAGUCGACCACCAAGAUGAUCACGACAGGGGAGACGUCAAAAACUACCUCUUGAUGUUGCUGGUUGGCGGAAACAAUAAUAAUUGCAACUGCUCUGACAGAAACUCGAAAAACCAAACUGGCACGGGAAAUGACGAAAAUAGACGCACUGCACAAUCGUUGAAUAAUACUCAAUCUGGCGGAGAAAAUAACAUCUUUUACAUCGGAUUUCCUAUCUUGGGUUCGUUCAUCUCUCAGCCGAUAGUAAAGGAAAAUAAAUCAGACUGUGCAAUUUGCCCAAAUUUAAAGUUCAUGAAGGUUAUGCAAACCAUUCAGAGUGGUGACUGCCUUAGUUCAAUGUUUGGUUCCUUCUUCAAAUAAUUAUUUUUUCAUUUCAUUUUUUAGCACCAAGCAAAAUGAAAAGAAAAAAUACUUCUAAUUCUCACUCAGUCCCAAUACCAAAAAUAUAGGUGUGACUGGGGACCUUUUUAAUUACUACUUUUCGCCUUCGUGAGUAGAAUAAAUUAUCAAUUCGUUUAACCAAAUAC